GGGCUCAUGACGACGAUGACGAUGAUGUUGAUUCGCUGCACAGUUUCGCUGCUGCUGGCUGUAACGGCAGCGGCGACGGUGGCAACAGGUAGCCAGAACCAUAGCCAUCACAACCACACCCGCUUGCACCACAUCGGACAUCGAUUGCAUCGACAGCGUCAUCUACACAAUGCGGUCAAGUCAGAGGUGGAGCUGCUGCCGGGCAUGUCAAUGCCCCCAAUCAGUCGUGGCACGGACAACACGCGACUGCGUCGUCUACACCAUGCGCACCACCCAUACAACAAGGUAUUAACACGUCGCCUCCAUCAGCGACCCACCGAGUGGGAUUAUAACACAUACAACAUUUAUACAAACACCUUUGGACCGCCGCCACCGCCAGUGCCGCCCGUUUCGCCGUACGCGGGCAAGGGCGAGGAUAAUACGGGCGAUGUGGAGUUCAUUGGUGUCACCGGACGGGGGCGUGGCAACGAGUAUGUGCCGCCAAUUACGACUGCGGCACCGCCACCGAAUCUCAACCGUCGCGCAGUCACGCCCGGCUUGAGCAUGGGCACGGUGCCGCCGCUGGUGCCGGCGAGACGUGGUUACAGCUACACAACCACAGCGCCCAGCACAACUACCACCAGCACCACGAACAGUCCCACCACCGAGGACCCCUAUGAGACGAAUACAAUCAGUCGCAAUUAUCCCACUGAUGCCAAGGAAAUGGAGCGGCGACACAUUUGCGUGCAGCAGCGAACCAUCACGAUGCCGGUGAAGACGACGGAGGUGUACACGCGACCCACCUGGAAGCACAUCAGCACGCCCUGCCAGCCGCCCACGCAUCCCGGCCAGAUGUGCACCCGCGUCCAGCUGGUACACGAGCAGGCCUACCGCGAUGUCAUCAAGCAUAAGCCGGCCCAGCAGCUCAGCUAUGAGUGCUGCACGGGCUGGAGCCGGGAGACGCCGCGAGCGGAUGCGUGCAAGAAACCUAUUUGCACCACGCGCUGUCAGAAUGGAGGCAAUUGCACGGCACCGCAGACGUGCAGCUGUCCGGCGGGCUUUACGGGUCGCUACUGCGAACAGGACGUGAACGAGUGCCAAACGGAGAAGCCGUGCGAUCAGCAAUGCGUGAAUACCCAAGGCUCGUACUACUGUCGCUGCCGUCAGGGCUUCGUCUUGCAAGCCGAUCAGCAGAGCUGUCGGAAGACCUCGACGCAUGCCGACGAUGCAUUUGAGGCGCGUGAUCUGGAGAACGAUAUAGAUGAUACGAAUGCAGAGGUGGUAACCAGGCUGCAGAAGAUCGAGCGAUCGCUUGCCAAUGAGCGAGUCCACACGAAUGAGCUGCAAAAGUCACUGCAGGCCACGUACAGCGUGGUGGACACACUGAAAAGCAGGCUCAGCACGUUGGAGAAGCAAGCGAUGGAUGUGAAUCGUAUGCAAACGAAUCUCUAUAAAACAGAAUCGCGCACCAAUAAGCUGGAGAGCAUGAUAAAUCUUUUAUUCAAAUGUCGAAAUGGACCCAAUGCCAAUUGCCCCUGAAAUGGAGCGAGGGGAUGACCUGAAGUGCAUUUGAUUUUAGUUUUAAUUUAAGCUAAAGCAUAAUUAUAACGUCUUUGUCUGUAGCUGCUCCUGCUUGUAAGCCAUUCCCCAACGCAAGUGCCUCCGUAGUUUAUAUGCAAAAAUUCGAAAUCAAAAGCAAAACAAAAUAUCAAAAUCAUUUAGUACUUAAGCGCAUGUGUCAUAAAUGU